CACCAGCCAGGCCUCUGCCAAGCCCCCCCCCUCCCCUCCUUUCCCUCCCAAGAGCUGGACAGCCCCAGCUCCGUCCACAGCGCCCUGCCCUCCAUGAAGCGCAAUGGCUGGCGGAAGCCGGACCAGCAAACCUUCAUGGCCCAGGUGCGUGAGUGCAGGGACAAGGGCUACCUGCUCUCCUCCAAGAAGAUCGGCUCGGGGGCCUUCUCCAGAGUCUACCUGGCCUUCGCCACGCAGGAGCGCAUGCAGCACAACCCCAGGCUGGCCUCCGACCUGCGGGGCAAGCGCCACAGCAUGGUGGCCAUCAAGAUCGUCUCCACUGCCGAGGCCCCCGUGGAGUUCGCCCAGAAGUUCCUGCCCCGAGAGAUCUCGUCCCUCAAUGCCACCUACAAGCACCUGAACGUGGUGCAGCUGUACGAGACCUACCACAACAGCCAGCGUGCCUACCUGGUCCUGGAGCUGGCGGGCCGCGGCGACCUGCUGGAGCACAUCAACACGGUGUCCGACCGCCGCCACUGCCCCGGGCUGGAGGAGAAGGAGGCCCACAGGCUGUUCUGGCAGCUGGUCAGCGCCGUGGCCCACUGCCACAGCGCCGGCGUCGUGCACCGGGACCUGAAGUGUGAGAAUAUCCUGCUGGAUGACCAGGGCUUCCUGAAGCUGACAGACUUCGGCUUCGCCAACCAGUCGGCGCUCAAGAACGCGCUGCUGAGCACCUUCUGCGGCUCCGUGGCCUACACGGCGCCCGAGAUCCUCAUGAGCAAGAAGUACAACGGGGAGCGCGCGGACAUGUGGAGCCUCGGUGUCAUCCUCUUCGCCAUGGUGACCGGGAGGCUGCCCUUCAAGGAGCGCCGGCCGCGCCGCAUGCUGCUGCUGAUGCGCCGGGGGCCCGCCUUCCCGCCCGGCCUGUCCCCAGAGUGCCAGGACCUGAUCCGCGCGCUGCUCCAGCUGCGGCCGUGCGCGCGCCCGGACCUGCGGCAGGUGGCCGCGCACCGCUGGAUGCUGCCCGCCCCGCCCGCGCUCCUCCGCGAGGUGCCCGGCGCGGCGCCAGCAGAGAACCCGGCGGAGCCCAGAGAGGACUCCGACCCCGCCAGGCCGCUUCUGCAGCUGCGUCGCUCCCCGCAAAGGGGGACCCCCAAGAGUGCCUCUGGCCCAGCACCCAAGCCCCCGCCCCCGGGGGCCCGCCCUAGCCGCGGGGCGAGCUCUGCCUCCGCGGGGCUGGGGCUCCGGGGCAUGGCCAAGGCCGGCCUCUGGGUGGGCGUCGCCAGGCGGCCUUCUUCCGGGCGCCCCCCCAGCGUCCUCAGGAGCGCGCUGGGCCACCACCUGGUCAGCUGA